UGUUUUCAUUGCCUGACACAACAUUAUUAUUGGUUCAGUCCGCGACGAACUCUCAACGAGGGCGGUUGUAUCGCACAGAUAGAAUAUCCCCCAGAUAUAUCCGCCGCUCGGGCACACAUAUCGGCAUCGCAUUUGUUGAGCUUGUGCUGCUACCACGCGCGCCAAAAGUCCAAAAAGUGAAGAAACCAAAAAUAAAUAUGUGAGUGGAAAAGGCAAGACGUGUGUGUUGAAUGUGCAUUUAUUUUAGGCAUCGGCCCGAAGGCAAAUGUGAAGUGUAAGCGACAAAAAGAAUACAAAGUUAAAUAAAUUAUAUUAAAACAGAAAUAGCCCAACGCCGGCGUUGGUAGAGCGAGAUAGGGCCUGAAUUAGCACGCAACAUUUGACGAAAUGAGAGCGACACCGAAAACCGAGUUUCUGGCCCACUGGCCGUCGCUACCGUGGCUGCUUCUUUUCUUCUUUUUGGGAUUGACUCUGGGAUACGUCCCCUCGGAGGCGGAUGCUGCCGUCGGUGCUUAUGGGGCCUCCUUCAUCUCAAAUCCGGCCAUCUAUGCCUACAGUGUCGAGGCCAAUGAGCAACAGCAGCCGGGGCUGGGGCAGGAACAGGAGCAGCAACCGGAACAGAAAUUGCAACAACAACUGGACCGGGACAACGACAUCAAGUUUGCCACAUCAAACGGCAAUCUGAAUUCUAAUUCGAAUCUGAAUCGUAAUUACUACUUCACCGAUGCCAACAGUGUCGACGAGCCCAAUCAAGGUCUGGAUGCCAAUUCGAAUCCCGAUCCGACACCCUCACUGGCCACGCCCCCAGCCACUCAGCCCGUUCCCCAGACGGGCUGCACCCUGGACCGGUUGGCCGUCUACAAGGUGGUGCUCCAUACCUACUGGACUCGCGAACUGUUUCCCAAACACUAUCCGGACUGGCGACCCACAGCUCAGUGGACCAAGACAUUAGGUCGCACCCACAAUGCCAACUAUGCGCUCUACCACAUCGGGCAGCCGGCGACAGCGGCCGUCAAACAGUUUGCGGAGACUGGUCGCACAGAUCUCCUGGACAGCAAUGUCGGGGAGCAGCAGCAGCAGCAGAUGCAGGCCCAGGCCCAGGCCCAGAUCCAGAUGCCAAGGCAGACGGGCAAAUCCCCGUUAGGUGCAACAGCCAGGACAGCCACUGGCCCCAGUGAGAGGAGCAGCAACAAUGAGAGGAGCGUUUUCGACGAGUUCAGCAUGCCGGCCAUCCAAAUGGGCGCCGGGCGCAGCGAGGCGAAAGUGUUUGUCGACAGCAAUCACAGUCUGGUCUCGCUAAUGACACGCAUUGUUCCCUCGCCGGAUUGGUUCAUAGGCGUUGAUUCGUUCGAGCUCUGCGUGGGUGGCUCCUGGAUCGAUACGGUCACAGUUGAACUGGACCCCUUGGAUGCGGGCACCGACAACGGCUUCACCUUCACCGCGCCCAACUGGCCAACAGCUCCGCAGGGUGUCAUCUAUCGGAUCACCUCCCGUUAUCCUGCCCAUCCGGCGGGAAGUUUUUAUUAUCCGAAGAGCAAGCGGCUACCGCCCAUCGCCACGUUCCAGUUCAUCAAGCUGAAGGAGUACGAGCUGAGCGAGGUGUUUAACAUCGCCGAGGACGAUCGCAAGUACGAAACGGUCCAGACCCAGACCCAUCUCGAUGCGGAGCACAAUCACGUGGAGAUGAACAACGAGCUGUCCGCCAGUAUCGAACGGGAGCGACAAACGGAGCAGCAGCAGCAACUGCAGCAGCAACAGCAACAGCAGCAGCAGCAGAAAAAGUUGCAAUUCGACGACGAGAAGCAGCGAAUUCGCUCCCAGCUGUUGGCCAAAAUGAAUCCCAUCUACAACAACAACAAUAGCGUAGUGCCCAAGAACGACAAGCAUGCCAUCAUGCAGAGCAUCGCCAGCAGCUAUCGACGUGCCACAGAUGCCGGCCACAUCAAUGCCACGCAGUUGCAACAAUCGCAGGCCAUCGCAGGCGGCGGUGCGGCACGUCGACGGGGAUCGCAGCUGAGGCGCCGCGACUGCCGGGUGAGCCACUGGUCAGAGUGGACGGCCUGCAGCAAGAGCUGCGGCAUCGGGGAGAUGCAUCGCUACCGCAAGGUCAUCAAGCACGGCAAGCGGGGCGGCCGGCCGUGUCCGGCGCUCCAGCAGUCCAAGUGGUGCGGCACCGAGCGCAACUGUCACGGGUCGCAGACCUAUUUUAAUUGGUCCGACUCCGACACAUGAACGAGCCACUCGGUGGCGGCCCAGGCGAUAUAAAUAUAAUUUUAAUUUAAGGCGUAAGAAUUGCUUUUUCUGUGUGAACAAGAAAGACCAUAGCAAGGCCAUACGGUGGUGGAUCACUCCCGCCUCCCGACAAGGUUUUUUAAUUUAAAUUUAGAUUACCAUACGAAACUGAUUUUAAAGCAGCCGGCACAGCACAGCAAAUGCAGAGACAUCAAUGGAAAAAGUGAAUUAAAUUAACGACGACGACGCUGG